UCUCGAGAAGAAACCGAAUAAAGAGCUUGAUUAAAGGUGUGCGUUACAAUGGCGGGGUACGUCCUCGUGGUCGUGUUCGUUCGAUGGUUAAGGCAGAUAGAUGCCAAGAGUAAUAUAGAGCUCCACUAAAAGGUGAGGCGAGCGAACUCCGAGACUCCCACCCGACAUACUACACACAAAGAAGAAGAAAAGGAGGAGUGAGAUCUGAACCAUACAUGGCGGUGUCGUCCGAUUUGAAGUUCGUACUAUUGGAAAUACUACCGACGCCUGAACUGAUGGCGCAAGGACGGGAGCUCCGUAUCCAAAAUCACCUGGAGAUGGUUCACGAUUGCAUCUGGGCCCUCAAUGCGGUGAUCAUAGAUGCCCAGAUGCGAGCGUUGAAGGAGCCGGAAGUGGAGGAGUGGGUGAACGACGUCGGGAUAGCCGUCGCGGACGUUGAAGACCUGCUCCACAGCAUCCUAGGCUGGCAACCGAGGGGAGCGGCGGCAUCCAAUCUCUUGUCGUGCUCCUUCCCCAACGUCGACGGAGUAGCAUCUCGCCAUGCUAUUCUACUAGAGAUGGAGGAGAAGGCACGCAGGUUGAAUUACCUCGUGAGGAGAGGGUCUUCGCUAUGCCUUCGAAAGGAGAUGAUGGAUUCUACAUAUCCACGACGAGAAGAAGAAGAAGAAAAAGAAGAGUACUUCAAAAUCUUGAGAGAAGAGAUGGUGGGAAGAGACGACGAAGUAGAAAAAAUCAUAGAUAAAAUCGGUCGGAAGCGGCGACGACGAUCCAACUCUGUGCAUGAUGAUGAUGGGCUUUGGUACUUCCUCCUAUCCGGCCCAUUUUUGGUGGGGAAGACAUCCAUCGCUCGCAUGGUUUACCACCAUCCAUGGGUCAGCAAGCACUUUGAUCGUCGAGUCUGGAUUGAUGGGUCCAAAGUAUCUUCCUUCGACGCCAUGUGGGUCAUCAAAGAAUUUAUGAGAUCGAUUGCUGGGGAGCCAUGCGAGGACGUCUGGCUGUUUUAUGAUCGAUUCGGUGGAAGCCACAGAUACUUAAUCAUCCUAGAUGACUUCUUUAUUGGGUUGGAUGAGCAGGACAAGUUAUUUCAAUUGGAGCACUUUUUCCUUCUCAUGGGUAAACCGGGCAGCUUAGUGAUGCUCAUCGGUGAUUACAAUCUCGAUGAUAUAUUUUUUUUACGUUCACGACAUGCUUUCUUAAGACAAUCUGUUAAUACUAUAUCGGAAGACAAUUGGGUAAAAUUAUUCAUGAGACACGCACUGAGCCAUCCUGAUCAGGCCGGGGUAGUGGAGGAAUGGAUGCUAGUUUCAUUCGCCCGGAGACUUCAUCGUUAUUUCAGUUUGUAUCCUCUGUAUGCCAAGAUGUUGGGAUUGAUAUUUAGAUACACUGAGAUGAGUCGAUGGCAAGAAGAAAUAGAUGCUCUGUGUAGGACGGAGCAAAUAUAAUACAAUCAGCAUUUGAAUUUGAUGUUUCUAUAUUAUCUUUCUCCAAUAUUUGCACGACAAUGCCUGUAUCAGUUGUUGAUUCCACAGGAUUACAUCUCUGGCCACGUUGACUUGUUGCACGUGCUCGCUGCUGAAGGCAUUCCACGCAAAGAGAAGACAAAGCCUACAACAUCAAUAGAAUUGAUGAAAAGUGCCUCAGAGCGACCUAACUUGAGG